CAGUAAUCAAGCUGAACACAGGAUAUGAACUAAUAGCAGACAAUAUAUUCUUAAGCUUGAUUUGUUUUAUAAAAAACAAGGCGAUUUGGGUUCAUUGGUUUCAAAAGGAAUAGAAAUGAGUAUGGGUUCCUGCUUACAUAGAUUCCCAACUCAACAUUUUGAAAUACAAUGACACCUCUCUUGGUUUAAGCAUAUCUGUGGAUUGGAUAAACUAUAUAUAGACAUAGGUCAUAAUUAUUUCUUAGCACCUUGGUACAGUGCGAAAAUAACAAUGGGCUGUAGCAGUAGUAAAUUAGUUGUUCCGAGGGUCACAUAUGAAGUCUUGCCCGAUGGUUCCGUUCGUCCACGAAGACUAUAUUACGCAGAAUGGUCAAGUGGAAUCACAGACUCCAAUUUGGGAACUGCCUCUACAUACCUCGAGCCGAUCGCGAGAGACUGCGAUGAUGGCCACGAAUCACCAAAAGCAGGAACCAGUGACUAUGAAACGUUGGAGUCUUUGGGAACCAAAGGAUGUAACCUGCUCAAACAUUUGGAUAAAGGUGAGAAGACUAGUGAAGCCACACCAUGCGGAGACAAGGACGAAUCAGAAACAGACAAAGACACGACCACAACCCUUGUGAAGAAGGAGUCGAUUUCAUAUCAAACAAUGACAAAUCCCAGACGACGCACCCCACCCAAAGUGUACUUACUUGGCUCCACAAAAGAAACCAUAUUACAGGAGAAGGAUAAAUGUAGAGUUGUAGAGAUGAGGUGUAGUGGUAAAAAUUGAUCCGAAUAACAAGAGAGAUAAAUUACAUAGGUUCUGGGCCGAUAUAAA